AUGGAAAACCUCGAGCAGCAGGAUCUUUUAUUGACCACACAAUCUUCGAACUCGGAACCAAUCCCAUAUGAUCUCCUUUUAGAUAUAUUCUCUCGAGUCCCUGGAAAGUCAAUAGCUAGGUUUCGUUGCUUAUCUAAAUCAUGGAGAUCAAAACUUGGUCUUCCUUAUUUCACUGAGCUGUUCCUCACCAAGUCUUUAGCUCUUCCAAGGAUCUUGUUCGCCAUGCAAGUUAAUAAAGAGUUAUUAUUCUUCUCUUCACCUCAACCUCAAAAUCCAGUUGACAACUCUUCUCUUGUAGCCACCCGUUACAAGCCGUUUCUCAACUAUUAUCCAGCCUACAUUACACCACCUGUCCAUGGAUUGGUCUCUCUUCAUCAGCGGGCAAGCAAGGAGUGGGUGAUCUAUAUAUAG